AUGUGGGACCAUGCAGGCCUUCCUGCUGCUACCAUGUGCAGCGUGUACGUGCGGGCGGUCUGGUGCUUCUGUGAAGAGCCUGACCUGUUCUGCGGACGCGGAUGGCUAAAGCACCGGCGACGCUUUCGGGGUGAACACACGCAGCUGAUUUCUGUUUGUUCUUUUGUAGGUGAUGGAUGCGGACACACCGUUCUGGGCCCUGAAAGUGGAACUCUUGCUUCGAUAAACUACCCACAGACCUCUCCCAACAGCACAGUCUGCGAAUGGGAAAUUCGUGUGAAGCCUGGGCAGCGGGUUCAGCUCAGAUUUGGCGAUUUUGAUAUUGACGACUCGGAUUCCUGUCACUCCAGUUACUUAAGGGUUCACAAUGGGAUUGGCCCCAACAGGACAGAGAUCGGGAAAUACUGUGGGUUUGGCUUUCAGAUGGAUGGUUUAAUUACUUCAAAAAGUAAUGAAGUCACGGUACAGUUCAUGAGUGGAACACACACCUCUGGACGUGGAUUUCUUGCAGCUUAUUCAACCACUGACAAACCAGACCUAAUUACCUGUUUAGACAAUGCAAGUCACUUUUCCGAACCAGAAUUCACUAAGUACUGUCCAGCUGGAUGUGUGAUUCCUUUCGCCGAUACUUCAGGCACCAUUCCCCACGGAUACAGAGAUUCGUCAUCGCUGUGUAUGGCUGGCGUUCACGCAGGCGUUGUGUCCAAUACUCUGGGUGGCCAGAUUAACGUUGUAAUCAGCAAGGGCAUUCCGUACUACGAAGGCUCCCUGGCUAACAACGUCACCUCAAAAGCGGGACCCUUGUCGACAAGUCUCUUCACGUUUAAGACAAGCGGUUGCUAUGGGACACUCGGGAUGGAAUCCAGGGUAAUCCCCGAUUCCCAGAUCACGGCAUCGUCUGUUCUUGAGUGGUCUGACCAAACAGGAGAAGUGAACAUUUGGAAACCUGAAAAUGCCAGGCUAAAAAGGGCUGGUCCUCCAUGGGCUGCUUUUGUCAGUGAUGAACAUCAGUGGUUGCAGAUUGGCUUGAAUAAAGAAAAGAGAAUAACAGGUAUUAUAACUACUGGGUCAACCUUAGCAGAGUUCCACUAUUACGUCUCAGCCUACAGAAUCUUGUACAGCGACGAUGCCCAGAGAUGGACAGCGUACAGAGAGCCCGGCGUGGAUAAAGAUAAG